AUGGAGGAGCCUUCGACCGACACGACGCGUGCGGCGUGGAACCCGAGCCAAGCGAUGCCAGUGCCACUGCCGUCGUUGCCCACACCUUUUGAGGCCAACGUGCCGCUCGCAUCGCUUCCAGUGCCGGAAGUCUCUGUGACGGAAUCGACGAAAUUGCUGCGAUCGCCCCAAGAAGUUCCGACGAAACUGCUGGACAUGGCCUUCGUGACGCCCAUCGCCACGAUACCAAUGGAACGUUCCGAAGACGCACGUGAUACCGUUCUGCUUGCUGAGUCGAUGACGGGAAAGCGCAAGAACUUGACGGAUCAACAGCGCGCAGCGAUUGUCCACUACCUGCUUGCAAACAGUGCAGCAGGACGUCUGAAACACGGGGACAUUAAAGCCGCAGCGAUUCACUUUGGCGUGCAUCGGGCCACGAUUCGACGUCUGUGGAAACUGUACAUGGACUCUAGUGUCACGGACGGCCUUGCGGGGAACGUUGCCAGUCGGAUCAAAGGGCGUUCAGGGCGAAAGCCCAAGGUGUCGGACGAAGAGCUCAAGCGGCGAAUUGCUGCGAUUCCCGCAGAGCGACGCAUGACAGGAAGGGGGUUGUCAACAGCUCUUGAAGUGAGCAACAGUGUUGUUGUGCGUCUGAUUAAGACUGGAAAGCUCCGGCGCCACCCAAAGAAGCUGCACUACAUCAUGUAG